AUGGAUGAGCACGGUCUGGUUGUGGAUAGUGAGGACGCUGUUCGUGGGCACCGUAACCCAAUUGUCGCGCUCGAAAGUCAGCGGCUCGCUGGCCACCAGCACAAUGUCCGAGCCGCGGUCUCUGCGCUCCAUCUUGUACUCGCCGCUGCCGACUUGCGGCUUGCUGUUCGCCGGCUCGGUGCCUGGCUGUUUCGUCCAGCUGGUUCCAGAGCUGAAGAACAAGCUCGCCGCGUCGUCUGUCCUGCUGCUAACAUAGCGCGUGCACACGACGCUCUUGCCGUCCGUAACAGCGAAGUUAAGCAAGCUCCGCAUAUCGCCCUGCGCGCGAGUUUCCUCUGGGAUCUCAGCGAUGAAGCCAUUGAUCCUCUCGAUCGUCUUGAGCAUAGCCUUACGCAGCACCGUGUGUCCGAAUCCGUCUCUCUGCUUCACCUCAUCGUCCGGGUCUGCACCAAGCCGCUCCAAGCAGUCGAGGAAGAGCGCAAACGCCCACUCACUGUCGGUGCUGCCUCCCACGCCCUCGAACCAGCGAUCGCCCACGCUCGACACCAGCCUCCUCUUGACGCCCAUCUUCCAGCCGCCGACGCCGCCAUUGUGCAUCCACAUGAGCGCCCCGCGCGAGAAAGGGUGGCAGUUGGCGUCGGAGAGGGCGCCUUCGGUGCUGGCGCGGACGUGGGCGAAGACCAGCGGGCUGACGGUCUUGCUGGCCAGACGCUCGAGGUUGCGGCAGUUCCAGGCGGGGAUGGUCGAGGUGAAGAUGCACGGCUCCGGGCCCAGGUCUAUCUCGUUCUGCUUGGCGGUGGAGGAGUCUUCGUGGGAAUGGCGGAAGCUGCACGAGACUUCAUGGGAGCCUCCCGCGCUGCUGGGUGGCAGCAAGAAGGAGAACGUGUACGAUGUCAUCAAGCACAAGAAGAAGAAGCUGAGGGUGGCUGCCGUUUUGGACCAGCGUGCAAACAGUGUGGCGGAUUUGGCUGCUGUUUUGGCGGCCCAGGAGGCCUUGGGCGCAAAGACGCAACAGAGCAAGAACGAGGAGGCGACAAGUCGGCGAGCAUAUCAGAGGGGGAACAGGGCGGUCUCAAAAAGAUUGACCAGGAGAUCCAGCAACUGCAAAAGCAACACGCGGCGUCUUCCAAUGCCGACGAGCCAGCUGAGAUGUCCAAAACACAGUUGAGGAAGCAAGUGAAUGUGCUGAAAGCGCGAAAGGACAAGAUGGACUGGUCUAUGGAUCAAGUGAAGCGCGCGAAGGAGGAAUUGAAGGAGGGAUCAAAGGAGAGCAAUGUCGAGCUUUCGCCCGAGCAGCAGGACGCCCGCCUCCGCGAGAUGCUUCCCGAUUAUCCUAUGCCGAGAACGCUACCCAAGCGCGGACCAUUGCGCGCACGUCUGGAGCGUGGAAAGGCCCCUGUCUUUAGCACAGAAGGCAUUGUCAUCAAGUGGGCCAACCACUUGGACGCUGAAUACGCCGAAUCCUGGCCUGAGACGAUCGACCAUCAGCCCAUGGGCUUCGCCCGCAACCGUGCACCCAAUGCGGACCAAGAGCCCAUCAUGGAUGUUGCUAGCUCCAGGAACAGCAGAACUCAGGCCUAUAAGGCGAGCAGGGGAUUGAUGCAGGCCUUCGCCGAGGAGACGUCCGAGGUACCUCAAGGGGAGAUAUCCGAGGAGACUCAAGGGGUGAUAAGCGACAGCCAGGGCUUCAACAUGGCCAGAGGCGAGAUCGUGAAUGCGGUCAAAGAGGCUGUUGCCGCACGGGCUGCCAAACUGGCGGCGGGCGGUGCUGUGAAGUCAGGCAAGAGUGCGCCUGUCCCUGCGCCUGCGCCUGCUGAGCAGCCAGGCUCGCAAUACACAGCGUGUUGUACAAUUCUUUCUAUCUCAAUCUCAGGCUCUCGAGAGUUGGUCAGCUGUUUUAAAGUGUCAGUCGACAACAUGCCUCUUAAACUGGAUAAUAAUGAUGCUUCGCGCGUCUUUGACGCGUCCGCCCGUCUGAAAGAACCACACGCCACUCCAAACCAACCACGACAAAACAUCAGGCCGAUAUCAAAACCACUACACAUCAAACCAAGACUUCCAACACAAACACAACAGAAGAAAACAAAGCAAUCAUCAAUUCUCCCACAAGACCGUCCGCAUCCUAGGCAAAGUGCGCCAGCUCCGUGGCGAGCAAGCGACAAUCGACGCCGGAGGGCAGGUCAGCGUUUUCCUGAACCGCAAAGUCACAUCAACAGAUGUGAUGGUCGCCUCGGGUUAUUACACUUUGUGCUAACUUCACGUCAUCCAUCAACAGGACUCACACCUCCAACUCAACCACGCGGUAGAAAUCAUCGGCAAAGUGCAAAACGACCUGAGCGUGCGGAUUUCAACGCCGUCGAAGCACUGGUUGACAAGUCAUCAUCAGUCAGGGCAGGAACUGGAAGUUCUGUCACGCUGAAAAUGGAACAUGAAGGCAUAAGGCACCAUCGGCAUUGGACCAAGUCCAUCCAUCCAUCUGUCGUUGUGAGGGAUGAGGGCUGUGAAUGUGAUAGCCGCAUGCUCAACGAAGAAAAGCAGACUCCAAGGAGUACAUGA